AUGCAGCAACAAACUAGAAAGUUUUAGCACGUCAAAUUUACCGGAGGAGACUUCAAGCUUGUCUCAGAUUAGACAUAGCAGCUCCAGAACAAUUAAAUACUGAUUAAGGUUCUCUACUCCUCAGUCAAUUAUUAUGAUAAAAUGCUUCUCAAGAAUAAAUAGAAUGAGAACUGCUGCUUAGGCUCAGAAGGUUGUGGCACCAUAGAAUAAGUUGGAUCAGAGCUUGAUGAAAACAUUGUUGGCAAAAAAGUAGCUUUCAUGUGUGAUGGAUGGGGAGAAUAUGCCGUUAAGAACUUGAAUGACUGCAUCAUCUUAGAGGAUAACACAGAAUUAAAAAAUGCAGUUGAUGCAUUCAUUAACCCACUCUCUGCCCUUUGCCUUAGAAGAAUUAUUCUCCAACAAGAAUAAAGAAAUGUCAUUAUUGACGGUGCCUCGUGCCAUCUAGGAAGAACUUUGAUUGAAUUAUGCAGAGACUCUGAUAUUUAGAUAUGUGGUAUUGUUAGAGAUGACAAAGCUGCUCAAGAACUAAAGGAGAAGUAUAACUUAAAGUGGGUCUUAAACCAAAAUUAACAAGACUUUGACUCAAGAUUCAAAGAAUUAUGCAAAAAUUAAGAAUUUUGCCCAAAUAUCUACAUUUCUUGUGUAGGUGGAGACUUGACUGGAAGAGUCUUCAAGAUGAUGCCACCAAAAUCUUAAUUGAUUAUUGUAGGCAAUUUGAGUGAAAAAGAUCUUACCUUGCCUGUGACCUAACUCUUUUUAGAAGGCAAGCAAAUUAGAGGAUUCUUCUUAGAAAGAUAUCUAAAGGAGGAAUUGACUUAGGCCUAAUUUAGCCAGCUAUGUGAUGUAGUCAGAGAGGAUUUCAAGAAUGGUGGCAAGGUCUUUGGAGUUUCGGCCACUAAAGAAAUGGAUCUUAAAGAAUGGGACAAAGCUCUAAAUGAAUUGGAUAAUAUUCAUGGAGGAAAAAUUCUCCUAAACAUUUGCGCUCAAUGA